AUGCCGAAGGAAGCAGAAAUCCACGGCGCUCAGGAGGACUUCAUGCUCCGUUUCUUAGACCAGACCCAGCCGCCGAAAGGGAGACAGACGCAAACGAACAACGCCUACCAGCAGGACUGCUAUCUCAAGAUCGCGCGAGCGACCGUACUCGCUUUCGGCGUUGAAGAUCCUCUAGGAGACAGCGCGUCUCCUACGGAUUGGGUUAAUGUAGAGUUUGCGCAAAUCCCGGCGGCUGCGGACAUGCCACCGCUAGGCGAUCCUGCCCUGGAACUGCGUCGCGACACAGUGAUUGCUGGCUUGGUCAACUCGGUCCGGGCCUUCUACAAAAGGAAGCGCCACCAGGCGAAACAGGGUGGAAGCGGACCUGCACGUCUGUCCUCAAAGCAUAUCCAGCGCGUUGUCGACGCGUUCGAUCCCCCGCCUGCCCCUCCCAAGGAACUGGACAUAUAUCAGAAGUUCUAUCGGACCCGUUAUGCCAGUGCGCUCGAGGACGCGAUCAAGGACAGGGAGGCAGCGGCGGCGGGGGACGAAAUGAAAUUGGCGGCGCUGAAGAAGGGGAAGGGUGGAUAUGAGCGGGCAUUUGCGAGCCAGAUGUACGAGCGGGAGACGGAGCAGGUCAAAGCGGUGGUGCGGCAGAAAAUGGACGAGGUUCGCCAAGAAGAUAUGAAAAAGUACAAUGCUCUGUGGGGGAGUCCGCUGGAUAUGCCAGGGUUCCCGCGCGCAUGGGUAUUGCCUGAAGCGAGCAGCUUCUUGAAGGCUCUUUUGUCGUGGGUCGCGACUCGGUUCGGCGUCGCGCUUGCUCUCACAAUCGCCGGCGUGAAUGACAAUGGUAUACCGGAUGCUCAGACUUUGUUCGCUGCGGGCCACAGCAAACCCGGCGCUCAGACGCUAGAGAACCUUGUUGCUCGGUCGAUGAGCGAGACAAAGAUUCUCAUGUCUCAGUAUGCGAGGGACUCGAUGACGGGCGAGUACCCCAAGGGCGCACCUGCGACAGGAUCUCAGGUCAAGCUGGAUGCCGACGGAGAUCUUUCAAUGGAGGAUUUGACCGCGAGAUUGAACCUCGAGCGUGAACCGAUGCGCUUAGUGCGAAAAGAAGAGAUGGAGGAAUGGGUGGAGGGGGCAGCCUCGGACUCCGCUCGCGGACAAGGCGGUCAGUCGACGGGUACUGUUGCGGGAUAUGGCCCGUUGGGAGAAUCGGAUGGAGGAUUGCGUCACGACACGAUGGACGACGCGAGUAUGACUGGCACUCGGGUUGACAAGGGGAAGGGCGUGGAUAGAAGCGGAGCAGGAACGGACGCCGCCAGUACGGGUGUGAACGAAUUGAAGAAACACGCAUCAUCUUACCAUCCUUUCAAAGGAGGUGCGGCGAGCGCAUGGCGGAAUGCGGAUGUUGGGUCGACGGGAGAAGACGCGGAGGACGUGUUUGGGGCAGGAAUAUUGGAUGAUGACGAACUGGAGUACGCCGGGCAGUCCGCGGCGUGGCCGCAAACGAUUCCCUUGCGCGAUACGAGCCCUGAGACAACAUCUUCUGUAUACGCUAUGCGUCGCCAAGGACUGAGCGAGAGUCCACCGCCCAUUCCUGAAAAUGACGAUGGCACCUGGAACGCGGGGGCGUUCGAGCACGACACCGUAUCGCAAACGGGAGACGUAGAGGAUCAGAGCGUGGAUGAUAUGGCGACUUCGGACAGCGACGUGGAGAAGGUUAGGCAGGCGGAUGCGUACCAGGCUUCGCUAUUCAAGGAUCGAUGUCUGGCGAAGACGAAAGACAAGGCCCCACGCACUCUGUUACUGGGUGCAAUCUCCCGCUCCCGAGCAGGGGAAAGCCGCAAGCGCCAGCGGCUACCGCCGAAGACCGCCGCUAACGAUGACGCCGACCCAAAUAACGGUGACGCCGAUUCCAAGAGCUCCAAGAAGGCGAAGCGUUCGACCAAAGGUGGUGUUCAGCUCACCAUGCGCGAUGCAGAGAGUCUCGUGAGUUCAGGAGCGAAGAGGCCUGGUACAGGGGGGCAAAAGCGCCAGGCGAGGAAGAGACGUGUUGACUCUGAGGAGUGGUAUUCCCUGAAAUAG